AUGGAUAGCAUUAUUGACGAGAUUGAACGAGUGCAGAGAGAAACUGAUGAACCGGCAAGAAAAAAAAGGCAAGUUGAAGAAGGCAGCAAAAAACGGGAAGCGUUAGAAAUAUGCGAUGCAAGAGAAGAAUUGAGUACUACUUCUGGAGCUGUUCCACUAUCCAUUUUAUUGAACGAGGAAGGAUUAAAUUGUACGUUUCAAGAAACUCUUAAGCUCUUAAAGUUGAAGAAAACGCCCUCACCAAGUCCUGCACCAUCUUUACAGCACAGAACGGAGAAUUUGUCUGCUCUCAAUAGACGUAGAAUGAGCAAGCGGCGAACUAUUCUGUACGCGAAGAUUAAAAGUUUGGAAAAUAAAGUAAGGAACGCAUUCAAGCUUAGCGAAAAAUAUAAGAAUAGGUGUGUGAGAUUGAAAACUGAAAAUACUGACCCAAACUGUCCACCAGCUAAAGUGUCUUAG